CAGAGUGAGCCCCACUCCUGCACUUCCUUAAUAAACACCUACAUCCAACCCACGGACAGAGUGGACUGUGGACAGUUUCUAACCGCUUCAAUCCAACGUGAAGCUGCUCCGCUGACUGACAGAUGGCCUUUCUUUGGACUCUAAAGCGUUUGUUUAAAUGCAGCAGAGAAACGAGGACGAUCGUUGAGGCUUCGAGGCUCUACUGCUCUUCGAUGUCCUCUGGCAGGCAACAUGUGAACGGCGUUGAUCUGUACUACGAGCAAACAGGAAGAGGGAAACAUGCCGUUCUUCUUCUCCCUGGUGCUCUAGGGAGCACAAAGACAGAUUUCGGUCCUCAGCUAAAGUCUCUGAACAAAGAAAGCUUCACUGUGGUUGGCUGGGACCCGCGUGGGUAUGGACAGUCCCGUCCCCCAGAUCGAGAUUUCCCUGCUGACUUCUUUGAGAGGGAUGCAAAGGAUGGAGUGGAUCUAAUGAAGACUCUGGGCUUUAAGAAGUUCUCUCUGCUGGGUUGGAGUGACGGUGGAAUCACUGCUCUGAUUGCAGCUGCCAGGAACCCUGAACUGAUAAAUAAGAUGGUUGUCUGGGGAUCUAAUGCCUUUGUUUCCAAGGAUGACCUGAAGCUUUAUAACAUGGUCCGUGAUGUCUCCAAGUGGAGCACAAGGAUGCGGCAACCCAUGGAGGAAGUGUACGGAGCCCAAGAAUUUGCUAAAAUAUGGGAAAGCUGGGUGGAUGGCAUUGCUCAAUUUAUAAACAGACCAGAAGGAAGCAUCUGCAUGGAGCUUCUCCCACUAAUCCGCUGUCCAACCCUGAUCAUCCAUGGAGAGAAAGAUCCCAUGGUUCCCAGCUUCCACCCUCACUACCUCCACAAAAACAUAAAAGGGUCAAGGUUGCAUUUAAUGCCAGAGGGAAAGCAUAAUCUCCACCUGAAAUAUGCUGAGGAAUUUAACAAGUUAGUUGAAGACUUUCUGGAAGAAUGAAGCAAUUCAUCAUUUAUUAUUUUAAUUUGAAAACACUAAUCUUUGUCUGAACCACUUCUGUGUAAUCGUCUUGCUAUUUUUCUUCUUUUUUUAACAAAUAAAAAAAAAAAUCUGAGAUCUUCCAAUCUGUUCACAGCCAUUAAAACGGAUCUAAUUUUCUGCUAACAUGGCUCACCAUCUCCUUUUAUCCUAUCCAUCUCCUAAAUUGGGGUGGAAAGCUCCAGAAUUAGAAGGGAAAAUGUUGAAAAUCAGGACAUUUUGAGAGAAGUUUUCUUUUGGUUCCUAAAUGUCAAAAUUUGGAAAAUAAAAAAAGAUGUAACCAAACAUUUGAAGCAAAGAAGAGAGAAAGCACUCCAAUAGGGCUGAAACAAUUAAUCAGAUUAAUCCUGAUGAAUCAAUUAUUUAAAUAAUCGUCAACUAAUUCCGUAAUCAAUUAAUCUUUAACUGGAGUAUAGAGACUGUAGAACAUGCCUGUAGCUGACCAGCGACCCACUUACUGAAGUAAUUAUACCAAUUGUCAAAGAUUAUAUAAACAAAUGUGUUGAUAUGUUCUAUCCGGAACUCCUAAAGUACGAAAGUUUUAGUUUCACCUGAUUUACUUUUGUAAAAAAUCUUUAAAGGACCUUUGGCUAUCCGGUUAUUAAUCGAUUAAUCGAAAAAAUAAUCAACAGAUUAAUCGAUUUGCAAAUAAUUGUUGGUUGCAGCAAUAUACUCAUGCGAUGGCAUCACUAUUAGCAGAUGUGAAAUACUGAAUAAACUUUUGAAGACAUCAGUCAGGACAUUAUAUCAUUGUCAGCAAAUUAUUUUUUUCAAAAGGACAGAGGAACUAGUCAUAUCAUUGUGAAUGACAGUUCAAUUCAGUUUAUGUAUAUAGCGCCAAUUCACAACACAAGUCAUCUCUUUACAGUUCACCAGAUCAUCCAGUCAAAUUGAUUUAAAGUUUUCUAUGUUAGGAAAACCAGUUAUUGCAUGCAAUCAUUCACACUGAAUGCUUGUAGCGACAGUAAAGAGGAAAAACUCCCUUCUAACAACAAGAAACCUCGAGCAGAACCAGGAGCACAGUCAGCUGUUUUGAUUUGGGGCCAUUAUCUUUAUACAUCUGGCCAAAUGUUUCCUUUAUAAAUAGA